AUGAUCUCCACCACAACGAAGACAGCGCCCGUCAAGUUGAAGGCGGUCGACGAUGAGCGCAUGAGGGUCGACGGCACUGAUGUAAAGUUUGGCGACUGGAGGGAUGACUUGGCUAGAGAUGGCUACGCCGUUAUCAAGGGUGCGAUUCCGAAGGAGAGGGCCGACAAGUAUGCAGAUCAGAUGUACAGUUGGCUGGAGGGCUUCAACCUCGGCUUCGACCGCAACGACUUGUCGACAGUGCACAAAGACAAGCUUCCGCUGAUUACCGAGAAGGGCAUGUGCCUGCAGUAUGCCGUAACCCACGAGGACUUCGCUUGGGCCAUUCGAGGAGAGCCAGGUGUCAUUGGAGCAUUUGAGAAAGUAUACAACACAAAAGACCUGAUCGUUUCGUUCGAUGCGAUCAACUUCACAUUGCCGUACGUAGAUCGCUCGGAUCUUGCGUCGAAUAAGCCAUGGCCUCAUCAAGAUCAGGACCCUUCGAAGCCUGGGUUCAGAUGCUUGCAGGGCUUAGUGAACUUGCUCCCUAAUGGGCCAGAUGACGGCGGUCUCAUCGUGUGUCCUGGCGGUCAUUUGCUGUCUGAUGAGUUCCAUAAAGACAUGGCUGAUGAGGAGCGUAUUCCAGCCUGGACACCGGAAUGGUACGGCUACACCGAGAAUGGCAUGAAGUGGCUUGAGAACAAGGGCCUCAAGUGGAUGAAGGUGUGCGCAGACCCUGGUGAUCUGCUUGUGUGGGACUCCCGCACCCCACACUACAACCUGAGCUCCAAGACCAACCAGCCUCGUUUCGCAGCUUACACAUGCUACAUGCCCGUAGCAGAUGCAACUCAGGAGGAUUUGCUGAGGAAGAAGGACGCGUACGAGCGGUGGGUUGGCACGACGCAUUGGCCCAACGCCAGGCACACAGGCUCGAACAUCGCGAAAAGAGACGGAGUAGAUGACCCACACAACCGCAUGGAGCCGGUGAACAAGCCGGUCAUGGACGAGAGGACAUUCAAGCUGACUGGUAUUCCAUACAUCAACGCUUUAGCCUGA